CAUGUGAGCGGAUCCGCGGGACGCCACGCAAAGCCUCCACACCCUGGCCUUGGCGUUAAAGGCUCCGCAGCACCCAGCAGAAAAAGCCACGCCCGAGAAAUUCUGCUGGCCACCGUGUUUCGGCGUUACGGCGCUUUUAUGUCCAUCGGAAGAAAACGUCCGAUAAAGGAACGAGGGCAAAAAGGGCCGGCGGAACCGCUGUGGCAGACGCUCUCUGCCAUGGCAGAACCACCCGAUGCUGCAUGCGUAACCCGCGUCCGGUGUGUAGCGUAGUGUAGCUCGAAGUUGGCUCGUAAAGUGUAUUUGGCAUACCAUGUUUCAGCGUUGGUGGGCCUUAUCCGCACAAGGAAAUUUUAGCACACUUUCUGGCGCAUGUGGGGCUAGCUUCCAUGCAUGUUUCCCUUUCGUAGGUUUACAAAAGACAAAUACCAUGACGGGUGGCCGGUAUCGUGUGGGUGUGGUGGAUGGAUGGAUGGAUGGAUGGAUGAUGGCAUGGACCAGUUCCAGCGGAUGCUCGGAUGUCGGGAAAUCUCGGUUGCAUUGCUCCUUCAGGAACGCGCUGGUCUCGCAAUCGCACCAUCGAAAGCCCAGCGGACAGGCUAAGGGGGCGUGGGCGAGGGAAGCGAAAGGAAGCCAGCUUGGAAGGAAGCCCAAAACGCGGCCGAUGGCUCACAAAUCUCGUAACGAGGCCCCCCAGUCAGGCGCGCGCGCGCGCAGAAAAUGGAGGAUCCACGGAAUGUUCCAUUUGCUCAUUUCCCAUCUUCUUCCGCUUCCACCAUCCCAUCAUCAUCGUAUCCACCUCUUCACCGUCCAUCGUGCCCUAAGCUAGUCUCCAGGAACGCACUAGGCUAUAGCGUCCCAAGCGGGACCUCCUUGCACCACGGGC